UAUACCCAAUGUGGGAGGAUAAUCGUUGUUGUCUUACGUUCGCGCACCCGCCGAGGGUCUGUCAACGGAAGAAUCAAUCAAAACAAACAUUGUUAUUUUUAGUGUCGGCGCUUCGCGGGGAGGCGCUAUUCGCUAGCCAGCGGACGGCGCGCCACGACGCCGACAGUGCGCAGUUCCGCGACUUUUCUAACCGAGUUAGUCGAGACACAAGCCAUGUUUUCGCCCUCCGACUUGGUAAAGCGCGUCGGCGUUGGUGGCGGGCUUGUGCCCUUCUUCAAGUGUGUCUGCGUGUACUUCCUGGCCGCCAGCGGAGCGCCCAGCCCCGGCGCCGCGGCCGCCAAGUGCGCCCCUGUCUUGUGCCUACUUGCUGCAGUACUGUUGUUGCAGCCCCGGGCUCCGCAGGCAGCUGAUCCUCACCCUGAAAAUGACAAAGAAAGACGCCGCUACGCGCGUCGCAUCGCCAUCGGCCUGGCUUUGUCAGCUCUCGGCGACGCCCUACUCGUGUGGGAGCAACACUUCGCCGCCGGCAUGGCUGCCUUCGCUCUAGCCCACGUCGCCUAUAUGUGCGCCUUCCGCACCCGAAACUCAAAAAAACGAGCUGGUAUUUUGCUAUACACCGGUGCGGCAGCGUACUGUGCUAUAGUCACUCCACCGCCGGCGUUAGCUAUCGCUGUACCACUCUACGCAGUGUUGUUAGUAAGUAUGGCUUGGAGGGCGUUGCGUACGCUUCCAGAAAAAACUUGUACGCGGUCAUACGCAGCUCCUAUAGGUGCGUUACUCUUCGUUCUCUCUGACGCACUGCUAGGAUACUCUUUAUUCCGUGGUCCGCUACCGUACAGAAGGGUGUUGGUGAUGUCGACGUAUUAUUUAGGACAGCUAGGUUUGGCUCUAAGUGCACUCUUGCCGCCUCCCUUGCCCGCACAAUAAAUUCUUCCUCUUAUGUUGUGGAAUGUUGGGCGUAUCUGUAGCUUGGUUAUAUUUAGUGGACAAAAGUAAUGUACAACCUUCUUAUUAUGUUUUAACGACCGGUCUGGCCUAGUCGGUAGUGA